CCAGAGCGCUGAGCAUCGGCAGUGCACAGCCGAAUACCCUGGACAGCGCUCUCCUUGCUAGUAUAGAUUGUCACGGCUGCUGCCACUGCGGUCAUCUAUUCAAAAGCUUGCAAGCAUGGAGCACAUACAGAAUCUAGACAGAGAAGUAAAUGCAUUUGUGGAUUAUUUGUUUGGACCAAGAGAUCCAAGGGUUAAAGGAUGGUUAAUGCUGGAUUCAUACCUACCAACACUUACUCUGACUAUACUGUAUUUUCUUUCCAUAUGGUUGGGCAUUAAAUACAUGAAGAACAGGCCUGCAUUUUCUCUCAGGGGUCAUCUUAUUGUUUACAAUCUCACUGUAACAUUACUCUCUUUCUACAUGUUAAUAGAGCUCAUUCUUUCAACAUGGCAGGGGGGAUAUAACCUACAAUGUCAGAACCUUGACAGUGCAGGAGAAGCAGAUAUUCGGGUGGCCAAAGUGCUAUGGUGGUACUAUUUUUCCAAAGCUAUUGAAUUCAUGGACACUAUUUUCUUUGUAUUAAGAAAAAAGAACAAUCAAAUCACAUUCCUUCAUGUUUAUCAUCACGCUACAAUGUUUAAUAUAUGGUGGUGUGUAAUGAACUGGAUUCCAUGUGGACAGAGUUUCUUUGGGCCCACACUUAACAGUUUUAUCCACGUCCUUAUGUACUCAUACUAUGGGCUAUCUGUUAUUCCAUCCAUGCACAAGUACCUGUGGUGGAAGAAGUACCUCACUCAAGCACAGCUGAUCCAGUUUGUGCUUACCAUUACUCACACACUCAGUGCAGCUGUUAAACCCUGUGGAUUUCCAUUUGGCUGUCUGAUGUUCCAGUCUUCCUACAUGACUACAUUGGUUAUCCUGUUUGUAAACUUUUAUUUUAAGACAUACAAGAAGAGACCUUCAAAAACUGAUCCAAACGGGACAACAGCCAUUACAGAAAUGAAGAAUGGAUAUCAUAAAGACUUGAUCAAUGCAAGCAAUGGAAUUGUUCAUAAGAAGGAAGAUUAGAUGACUAUAUAGAAAUAACAGAACACUAAGACGCAGCUUGUGUCUGAAGUGGUAUUUCAACAGACCAAUAGGCUUCCUUAUAACUACUGACAGAAAUAAAUUCAAAACAUUUUUUUAUAAUCGGCACCCGUAUUAUGUUGAAGCAGUUUGUCAAAGUGCAACCGCAAAAUCUUUUUUUGCACUUGUGAGAAAUAUACUAACGGUAAUACAGAUGGAAAUCUUUUUUUAACUGUAGCCCAGAAAAUGCCUUAUACCUCCCAUGAUAUCCUUUUAUAUAUUUUUUUUUAAACAGCCUCACCUAUAGUGGAUUGUACUUACUAGAGUUUGUGUUUCAUUUUGUGUAUAAAACACACCAUAUAUAUGCGUUCAGUUCAGCCGAUGCUGGAUAUCAUUAAAAUGUUUCUAGAAAAUGGUCAGUUGAAUUACUUAGUAAUAUAACAGCAUAAGAUAGCAAAUUAAAUGCUGCUGUCCAAAUCAAAACAUGGAUUUUAUUCACUAAUAUAUACAAAUAAAAUUGCUUAUUUAUUUGUAUAUUUGCAAAUUGGAACAGUAGUAAACUUUCCCUUUGAUAAACAAUUGUGGCAUAGUUCCUGAAUGGUAUCCACCCCCAAUCUGCAUAUAUACACACACAUACACCAAGUCUGUGGUAUAAUAGAUUUACCAGAGAUCUAUUAUACCUGACAUCGCUCUAGCACACCCAUUGCUUUCAAUGGUUAUCGCAACCUCACUAAAUAUCACUAUAUAUAUAUAUAUAUAUAUAUAUAUAUUAUAUACUGUAUUUAUAAUACCUUGAAUGUUAUGGGUUUUAAAUAGAAAUACUUGAAAUAUCUAUGUUCUUCACUCAGAUACACACACAUAUAUAUAUAUAUAUAUACACACACAAAGGAUAAAUUGAGGGCACUCACAGAUCCUUGAAAUUCUUUUUAUUCAUGCUUCAUCAAAACCUAUUCACAAAGUUGAUGUUUCGCCUUUAGUAAAAGCCUUUCUCAAGACAUCAGAAAGUAUGUAUCUACAAACAUAAUUACAAAACAUAUAAUCAAUUCCCUAUCAAAAGAAACAAUUUAAGAAAACCAACCACCAUGUGAAACCAAUUAAAUUAGACCAUUGACAACCAAUAGUACUGAUCUGUGUGUGUGUACGCGCCUUAUAUAUAUAUAUAUAUUCAAAUAAAAGAGUUUUUUUUUCUAAGUGAAGUAUAUGAGAAUGUGCAUUAUUCUUAAUACACCUUUGGCUCUAUUGUAGUUGGUCUAGCGCAGCCUCGCGUUAGCACACAAGCAAUAAAAUUAAUUGGCUUUAGCACACCCUUUAGAAGUCUGGGAAGAGGGAGUUAUAUCUGAAGUAAGCGCACUAAAAGGGACAUAAAGCUCAAAUUUUCUUUCAAGAUUCCGAUACAGCGUAUGCUAUUACAUAACUUGACAAUUUACUUGAAUUAUCUAAUUUGCUUUGUUCACUUGGUAUCCUUUGUUGAAAAGUAUACCUAUGUAGGCUCAGGCGUAGCAAUGCAUUACUGGGAGCUAGCUGCUGAUUAGUGACUGCACAUAUAAGUCUAUUGUGAUUGGUUAUCCUGAUGUGCUCAGCUAACUCCCAUUAGUGUAUUUCAGCUUCUUCAACAUAGGAUACCAAGAGAAUGAAGCAAAUUAGAUAAUAGAAGUAAAUAGGGAAGUGUUAAAAAUUGUAUUCUGUAACUUCUGUAAUUUUUGAUGUCUUAUCCUUUUAAGUCAUUAACUCUUUAGCUAACUUUUUACUUUCAGCCUGGAAGCACUAAUGUUGUACCUUAAACGCAGUUACUGCUCAUGAGUAAUUAAAAUGUGUCGCUCCACUUGUAAUCUAACCCUAUGUCUAUAAAAGCAGAUAGCAAAUGUAAUUUCAUGGAUCAUUUUUGUGCCACAAAAUACACAAUAAAGUUCCCCAUCUAUUUUCAAUCACAAA